GAGAGAAAAAAAAGAAAGAUAGAGAGAGAAGUAUAAAGCGAUAGACAGAUAGCACGGAUUUUGCUGAAUCUGUUGAUAAUCGAUCGAUCGAUCGCCAAUCUCCAACGAACGAUUGCAAAUUCUCCCUUCUUCUUUGCCCUUGAAGGAAGAUUCAUAUUGAUAUGGAAUCAUCAUCCUCAGAAACGGCGCCAUCAAAGCCACCUCCCCGCCGCCGGAACUCAAUUUUUAAAUCGGCCAUUGUCGUUCCUCCAAACCCAAACUGUUCAACGUCAUCGGAAUCGUUCCCCGCCGUCGAUUUCAAAUUUAUAUCGACGACCAAGCCACUGGGUGGUGGUGGUGGUGGUUAUACCUCACUUAAGGACAUUCUCCCCUCUGUCUCUGUUCAGUCCCCCACCACAGCCGCCCCUUCUCCUAGACCAGGCGGCGGCGGAGGAGGAAAUCUGUCCGCAUAUGACAUCACUAUCCGUAACCCACUUGUCAAACAGGCAGCUUGGGCCUACCUUCAACCUAUGUCUGCCGAAGAGAACUCCGACGGCCGCCAUUUUCUCCAAUUUCUCAGGGACGGAAUCUCCGGCGACAUUAUAGGCUGCCUGCAAUCGAUGGCGUCGAUUCUAAGCCGAGCAUUCAGACACCUACUUCGAGCCAUUCGCCUCUGGAGAUAAGGCAGAACGGCCACCUCUUUAUGUUGUUGAGAAGUCAACCGUUGCAGGAUUUGGGAGGUUGCAGCUUGACCCAACUCAGUGCUGUUGUGCCAAUAAUAAAUGGCUAAAUCCCAAACUUUGGCUCUGAGUACCCGCAAAUUAUGG